AUGAGUCCCGAAGAACGUAAAGCUCUAUUUGCCAAUGUCGUCGGUGUUGUGAGAGGUUCUUCAGCACUAGCUGCUCAAGAUAUUGAGUUCUAUAGGACACUGGACAAAGAUGUUAAUACAUCGGUGUCAGAAGUCACUUCUGAACUAGUUUCCAUGAUCAAUUCGGUUCUAUCCUCCAUUGAUGAACAUUGUGAACCCUUGGACAAUAAUUCAGAUUCAUUUAGUAACUCUUGGGAAGAUGUAAGUAAUAUGAUAGAUAAUCUAUUCGAACAAUCUGACCGUUCAUUAGACAUUUUAAACAAAAGAUUGAGUGUCUCUGGAGAUAAAUUAAAUGGUCAAAAUAUGCAAUUCCUUGAUCAAUUUGGUGGGAAUGAAGAAGGUGGGAAAGCUAAGAUUGAAAAACCCCAACUAAAGUUUAAGACUCCAAUAGAUAAUAGUGAAUCACAUCCUUUCCAUCCAUUACUUAAGGAAAAACCAAAUGCCUUGAUACCUUUAGAAGAAUCUGUCGUCUUAGUUCCUGGUAAAGAAGAUGAACCUGAACAUUAUAAACAUCCAUACGAGUACGAGAUUGAUCAUCAAGAAUAUAAUCCUGAAAUAUUGAAAACUGAAGAACCGAUUCCAUCUACGAACUGGGAUGAAUCAGAUGCUAUGUGGGUGGAUAACACAGAGACUUUACAACAAAUGAUAACAGAAUUAAAACCUUUUAAAGAACUAGCUAUUGAUUUAGAACAUCAUGAUUAUAGAAGUUAUUAUGGUAUUGUGUGUCUAAUGCAAAUCAGUACAAGAGAAAUGGAUUAUUUAAUAGAUACUUUGAGUCUGAGAGAAGAAUUACAUAUGUUAAAUGAAAUUUUUACUGAUCCUCAAGUUACAAAAGUACUACAUGGUGCAUUCAUGGAUAUAAUUUGGUUACAACGUGAUUUAGGUUUAUAUAUUGUCAGUUUGUUUGAUACAUUCCAUGCUUCUAAAGCAAUGGGUUUACCAAGACAUAGUCUUGCAUAUCUAUUAGAGAAAUUUGCUCACUUCAAGACAUCAAAGAAAUAUCAAUUAUCAGACUGGAGAACAAGACCAUUAACCAAGGGUAAGACUGCAUAUGCGAGAGCAGAUACUCAUUUCUUAUUAAACAUCUUUGAUCAAAUGAGAAAUAAAUUGGUAGAAUCAAGUAAGUUAGCUGGUGUUUUAAGAGAUUCCAGAGAAGUCGCAAAGAGAAGAUUUGAAUAUUCCAAGUUUAGACCAACACAUUUUUCUAACACUGUCUAUUCUACUACAUCAGAUCAAUAUCCAUGGAAAAAUAUCAUGUUUAAAUAUAAUAUCCCUAAGGACAAAGAAUUAUUGGUCAAAGAAUUGUACAAUUGGAGGGAUCUAAUUUCUAAGCGUGAUGAUGAAUCUCCAAGAUAUGUUAUGCCCAAUCAAAUUAUUGCUUCUUUAGUUGCAUACACCCCUACCGAUGCCGUUGGUGUUGUUUCUGUCAACAAUAUGAUAACCGAUUACGUAAGGUCUAAUUCUAAGAUAUUAGCUAACAUGAUUAAGGACUGUCUAGUUAAAAUGAAAGAACAAGGUACGAACUUAUCAGGGGAAAACGUUUCGAUCUCAGAGACAGUAGACUCUAAUAAUAAUGAUAGUAAUGCAGCUAAUAAAGUAUCGAUAUCUCAAAUACAAUCUUUGAAUAGUAUUUUUGAUACGUUAAUGAACGAUAUCAAUACAGUCACACCAAAUGCUGUAAAUAAUACGAAUGAGGUAUUGACAACAUCAAAAUAUUUUGGGGAAUUGUUAAAUGGUAAAGUGAUUAAAUACGGCGAAACAGAUAAUGGUGACAAAACUGAAAUAUCGAAUAAUGAAUUAAAAGAUCGUAAAUUAGAAUAUAACAAACAGUCAAGCUUAUUAGAGGACAUUGAUCUAGAAAUACCAGUUAUUAAUAAAGAACCUACAUUUGAAUUAGAACAAGAAACUUCUGAGGAGAAACUAAAUGAAGUGUCUGUUGAGAAGAUGGAAGAGACCUUGGUACCAAUGGAGGACUUGGAUGAAAUUAUUGUUCUUAGAGAGGGUAAGAGAGGUAACAACAACAACAACAAAUCACAAAAGACAAAAGAAAAGAACACCAAUGGUGGAGAAUUGGAGACUGUUGACUAUAGUAAAAGUACCAAAUUAUUAUCAAAUGAGAACAAAAAGAGAAAGAGAAAGAAUAAUAAGCACAAAUUUGAUCCAUUCUCUUCUAUUGAAGAAGGCCCUAAGGGUAUCAAGAAGAGAAAAGCUGGAACUAGAGGUAAAAAUGUAUCAUUCAAGCGUUAG